AUGCGUGCCUCAAUCAGUCUGCUUGCGGGCACGGCUGCCCUGGCUCUGGCCGCCCCGGCCAAGCAGCGCCGUCAGGACGGCAAGUUCCAAUGGUUCGGCAUCAACGAGAGCGGUGCUGAGUUCGGCGAUGGCAUCUUCCCCGGUCUCUACAACAAGGACUACAUCUGGUACGACAUGUCGACCGUCGACACGUUCAUCGCGAAGGGCAUGAACAUGUUCCGCCUCAACUUCGCCAUGGAGCGGCUGAUCCCCGACCAGCUGACGGGCGAGCCGGACGCCAACUACAUGGGCAACCUGACGAGCAACAUCGAGUACAUCACGAGCAAGGGGGCGUACGCCAUGAUCCAGCCGCACAACUACGGCCGCUACUACGGCAACAUCAUCACCGACACGGCCGGCUUCAAGCAGUGGUGGAAGACGGUGGCGGCGCCCUUCGUCGACAACGAGCUGGUCGUCUUCGACACCAACAACGAGUUCCACGACAUGGACCAGAACCUGGUGGUGCAGCUCAACCAGGCCGCCAUCGACGGCAUCCGCGAGGCCGGCGCCACGACGCAGUACAUCACGCCCGAGGGCAACAGCUGGACCGGCGCCUGGACCUGGGUGUCGUCGGGCAACGCCGACACCAUGGGCGCCCUCGUCGACCCGGCCACCAACGACACGUCCAAGCUCGUCUUCCAGAUGCACCAGUACCUCGACGUCGACGGCAGCGGCACCCACGAGGAGUGCGUCAGCGCCACCGUCUUCAGCGAGCGCCUCCAGGCCGCCACCGAAUGGCUGCGCGAGACCGGCAACAAGGGUCUGCUCGGCGAGUUCGCCGCCGGCCCCAACGACCAGUGCAUGGCCGCCAUCAAGGACGGUCUCCAGUACCUCAAGGACAACAGCGACGUCUGGACCGGCCACCUCUGCAUCGAACCUCCGAGUGGCACUUCCUACUCCUACUACGCCGACACGCUCGCUCAGUAUGCUUAA